UACGCACAUGGUACAGUCCAUGACACAGAGAAUCAGCAGUCAUAACUAACACAGAAACUUCACUUCCACCUCAACCUUUGAACAGGCUACUUUUUUUUUCUGACCGAAGGGUCGGCACUAUGAGCCAAUGGAAGCAAAUUCAACAGCUGGAGAUCAGACUCCUGGAACAUGUGGACUAUUUGUAUGAUGACAAUUUUCCCAUGGACAUCAGACAGAGCCUGGCAGACUGGAUCGAGGGUCAGGAUUGGGACACGGCCGCUGACAAUGAACUGAUGGCGGCCGUGUUGUUCACCAACCUGUUGUCCCACCUGGAGAGACUACGGUCUCAGGAGCAGAACUUCUUACAGAGACACAAUAUGAAAAUCAUACAACAGCAGCUACAGGUGAAAUAUUCAAGCAACCCCAUGGCCAUGGCCGGCGUGGUCUCCAACUGCCUCAGAGAAGAGCGUCGGAUCCUCUCCAGCGCUUGCAGGGAGGAACAGGGUCCACUGGAGAAGUCACUGCAAAAUUCAGUGGCCUCCGAGAGGCAGAAGAAUAUGGACGGCAGAAUUGGGAUCAUCAGGGGAAGCGUUCAACUGAUGGACCAUGGAGUGAAAUACAUCGAGGACAUGCAGGAUGAUUUUGAUUUCCGCUACAAGACCCUUCAGUCCCGAGAUCCAACAGAGAGGAACUCUGACCUGAUGAAACAGGAAGUAACAAGACUGCAGGAAACGCUAAACAUGCUUGACUCAAAAAGGAAGGACAUUCUGUCAAAGAUGGCCGUGGUCAUCAAGGAGGUCGAUGACAUGAUGACGUCUCAGCUCAUUCCUGAGCUUCAGGACUGGAAACGGAAGCAGCAAAUGGCGGCCAUCGGGAGUCCGGUGCUCACCAGCCUGGACCAGCUGCAGAGCUGGUUUACUCUGACAGCCCAGAGUCUCUUCCAGAUGAAGCGCCAGCUGGACAAACUGGGGGAACUGGUUUUGAAGGUCACCUAUGACAGUGACCCCAUCCCCUCCCAAAAACCCCAGAUGGAGGAGCGAGUUAAAUACCUCAUUUAUCAUCUCAUCAAGAGGUCCUUUGUGGUGGAGAAGCAGCCCUGCAUGCCCACAUAUCCACAGAAACCCCUGGUCCUCAAGACCAGUGUACAAUUCACCACCAAAGUCAGGUAUGACACAGCGCUCCUGGUCAAACUUCCUGCAGUGGAUUAUCAGCUGAAGGUUAAAACCACAUUUGACAAGGACCUCCCUCCAGGCAGAGUAAGUCGUCAGUUUUUCAUCCUGACAAAUAACACUAAAGUCAUGGAUAUUGAGGAUUUCUCCAACGGCUGCCUUUCAGUGGAAUUUAGACACUUGCAACUGAAAGAGAAGAAGUACGCCAGCACCACAAAGGGGAACGAGAAUCUGUUGUCCGUAACCGACGAACUUCACACUUUGUGUUUCGAGGCAUUCUUUACUGUGCAAGGCCUUAACAUCGAUUUGGAGACGUGCUCCCUGCCACUGGUGGUCAUUUCCAACGGGAGUCAGAUUCCCGGUGCCUGGGCCUCCAUCAUGUGGUAUAAUCUUUUGACCGAUGAGCCGAGGAACUUGACCUUUCUCAGUAAUCCACCUCGAGCCUCAUGGUCCCAGCUUGCUGAGGUUCUGAGCUGGCAGUUCUCCGCCAACACUGGUCGGGGCCUAAACAAGGACCAGCUCACGAUGUUGGGAGGGAAACUUCUCGGUCUACAUGGCGCCAGUAGUGAUCAAGUCCAUUGGUCUAAGUUCUGUAAGGAGAAUAUUCCGGGAAAACCGUUCAGUUUCUGGAUAUGGCUGGAGUCCAUCCUGGAAUUGAUCAAGAAGCACUUACUGCCCGUGUGGAAUGAAAACUACAUCAUGGGUUUCGUGAGUAAAGAGAUGGAGCGAAUUCUGUUGCGGGAGAAAGAGUCAGGCACUUUCCUCCUGCGCUUCAGUGAGAGCCACCUUGGAGGAAUCACCUUCACUUGGGUGCAACACAGUGACAACGGAGAUGUGAAUUUCAACUCUGUGGAACCGUACACCAAAAGCCGUCUGAACGCACUACCGUUCCCGGACAUCAUAAGGGACUACAAAGUGAUCUCAGAUGGGGUUGUCCCCAAGAACCCGCUCAAGUUCCUCUAUCCUGACAUCCCCAAAGACCAGGCCUUUGGACAGCUUUACAACAGCCUACCCAACAAAGUUUAUCCAUACAUCCCAUCCACUCUGAUCCCCAUCUCGGAAAUGCGGUCAAAUGGGAGUCCCCAGUCGCCUCCUUGUGAGUCACCUGAGCCUCCGAUGACCCCUGGAGAGUUUGACAUGCUCAACAAGACCUUAAGCUUGGAUAUGGAUGCUAUUGCAUCCCCAUAUUCUGAGUAAACACCAACACAAACACACACACACACACACACACACACAUGUGAAAUAAUUCAAACCUGCAAUAAAAUCUUGAAGUCU